CCUUCGAACAUCUCGGGGCUUCCCUUCUCUUUCCUUUCCUUUUCCCCACUACUCACUGCUAACGCAGUGUCUCGUCUUUCUUUCUUUCAUUAGUUUUUUUUUUUUAAAAAAAUUAAUAGUAGUAUUUAAAAUUUAAUAAAUAAUUAUUUUUAUUUUCAUUCACUUGACAUAAAUCAAUAACGUUUUCUUUUAGCAUGAUUCACUCCUCAUAAAAUAAAUAAAAUUCUCACUUAUUAUUAUCAAAGUCUGGUCUGAUAUUUAUCACUUUUUUUCCCAUUUUAACUCAAAAGAAUUAGCUAGCUUGGGUCUUUAUCCAGGUGUCUAUCUCUAUCUCUUCCCUGGUCCUUUUCCUCUCCCAGUGUCUCUUACGAAAACAUGGGUGUAAUAUGGGUUAUAUAACCGCCCCCUUAGAUUAGAUUUUAAUUAUAAGUUGUUGUUUACACACACUACUACUUACUGUAUAGUGUGUAACUGUUUGAUGAUGGAUGAAUUGAGCAAACUUCAUUCUGCUAUUGCAUGUUCGCGUACUAGUACUGGACAACAACAAGAGGGGCCGCCUAUUGAUCAUAAUACGAAUAGUCUUGUUGUUCAUCAUCACCAUCACAAUAAUAAUAAUAUAGGCAGCAGCUUGGAGGGCAUGUCAGAUCUUAUUAAAGCCCAGAUUGCUAAUCAUCCUCUUUACCCUAACUUACUUUAUGCUUACCUUCAAUGCCGUAAGGUUGGAGCACCGCAGGAACUGGCAUCAAUUUUUGAAGAAAUCAGCAAAGAGAACAACUUAAUAUCCAGUUGUCACACUACUGAAAUUGGAACUGAUCCAGAACUUGAUCACUUUAUGGAAUCAUAUUGUGCGGUCUUAGUGAAAUACAAAGAGGAGCUAUCAAAGCCGUUUGAUGAAGCUACAACGUUCUUGAAUAACAUAGAGUCACAGCUGAGUUCCCUUUGCAAAGAUAGCUUAAUCACUUCAACAAGUUUCAACAAUGAUCUAUCUGAUGAAGCAGGUGGUACUUCAGAUGACGAUCUAGGCUGUGAGGAGAUGGAAGCAGCGGAUGGUCAAGAAUCUCCUGCUAGUCGUGAAGGUGAUAAUGAGCUAAAAGAAAUGCUGAUGCGCAAAUAUAGCGGCUACCUUAGCAGUUUGAGAAAGGAAUUUUUGAAGAAGAGGAAGAAAGGCAAGUUGCCCAAGGAUGCAAGAAUCGCUUUGAUGGACUGGUGGAACACCCACAAUCGAUGGCCUUAUCCUACGGAAGAGGAAAAAAACAGGCUAUCGGAAAUGACGGGGCUAGACCAGAAGCAGAUAAACAACUGGUUCAUAAACCAAAGGAAGCGACACUGGCGGCCAUCGGAAGACAUGAAAUUUGCUCUCAUGGAAGGUGUUAGUGCUGGAUCCAUGUAUUUUGAUGGACCUGGAGGCACUGGAAGUAUUGACACUUGAAAAUUAGAAGGAAAAAAGACUCCUCUUAGCUAACACGUAGUGCAUAGUAUGACAAACGUAUGUAUUCUCAAGUUUAUAUAUUGAAUUAUAUUCAGAACAAUUGUUAAUCAUA